AAGUGGCCGAUUGGUUGAACGAGUCUUCUUUACAAUGCUGAAGUGCGUAACGGUGGAAUGCAUCCCUACGCUGAUACAGCUAAAGCGGUCCGUCCACGCGGUCUACUGUGCGGCAAUGCGUCGCUAUGGUUUGCCUGUUGACGAGGAGACGGUAAAACGAGCCUACGCUCACGGGUUCAAGACCACUCAAAUGAAAUACCCCAAUUUCGGCGUUGGUUCGGAUGGAGUGAUGAAGUAUUAUAAGGAUUGGUGGAGAGUGUCGGUAUAUGAGACCUUGAACGCUCCUGGCAUGCCGGCUAAUGGGUGGUCGAAGGACGAAUUUGAACUUUUCUUCCAAGACGUUUUCUCGGAGUUUGGCUCGGUGAAUACCUGGCAGGCUCAGCCAGAUGCUAAGGACUUCCUACAGCAGUGCCAGAAAGCUGGUUUAAUCACGGGUUUAUUGGACAACUCCUACGGACGGUAUAUUGACGACACCCUACCGCUGUGUGACGCCCUGCAUGAGGCCCUUCACUUCAGUGUCCUUGGCGCCGAGUAUGACCCUCCGCUGCUGAAGCCAAAUGCAGCUGCUUUUCAGGAGGCUCUAAGGAAGGCUAAUAUAGUUGGGAAGAUGUUGAAGGAGGGGGUUGUUGGAGAGAUUGCUCCCGAUGAGAUGCUGCACAUCGGCAACCGACUUAAUGUAGAUUACGCUGGUGCCCUUGGAGCGGGAUGCAAAGCCAUCAUUUUGGAUCGCAGUGGCAGUGUGGUGAAGGAUAAGCUCAUGAAGGGUGCGAUAGAUUUUACCAAGCUCGGCUGCAAGCUCACUACUGAAGACGUGGUGGGGAGUUUGAGCGAGGCUUUGGGCCUCAUGCGUGAUCGGGGUUAUCUUUGAUAGUCUGAUUUGGUUUCAAUACUCUGUGU